AUGUGGCAGGGAACACAGCCAUCUCAAACAGCCGGGCCAAGCCGCCGCCACCUGAUGACCUCUGGUGGCAUCCUGGGAGCCAUGGCUCUGGAGGCAUGGAUGCCCAGCCCAGCUGAAGCCUUGGGUUCCCGAGACCGACGCGUCGCGUAUCCGCCGAUCAACAAGAACGACCCGCGACGAUGCGAGUGGAAGACUUCACAGAUUGCUCAGGCGAGCGCGCAGCGCGACAAGCUCUACGACCUCAGAGAGUGCAACCUCGCAGGCACCAGUGCAGCCGACAACGAUGUAUCAGGAGCUUUGAUGAACAAGGGAGACUUCUCCAAUGUGAACUUUGAGAACGCGCAGUUGACCAAGGUCGUAGCAGCGCAAGCCAACUUCGAGGGUGCCAAUUUCAAAAAUUCGGUGGCGGACCGCAUGGACCUCACGAAAGCCAAUUUGAAGAAUGCAAUUUUCAAGAAUGCAAUGCUGACCACGUCCAGCUUUGAGGAAGCAAAUGUGGAGGGUGCUGAUUUCACAGACGCCUUCUUGGACAGUCAGAGCGUCAGGGUGCUGUGCACUAACCCGACAAUGAAAGGAACGAACCCAGUGACCGGGGCCGACACUUAUCUGAGUGCAGGUUGCGACAUCCAGGACGCAGGAUACGGAAACUACAUGGGAGGAGCCGUGGGCACCAUGCAGACUGCCUCUCUGCCCACGCAGGCUGUUGGCACAAACAGCGGUGCAGCUUUCCAGCGCACAGCCUUCUCCGGUAAUACAGCGGCGAUGGCAACGCAAAACGUCGCCGAUGUGGGGCAGUUCAAAACAAUGACUCCAGACGCGCCGUCCUCAGGUUCGAGAGUCCUCUGA